AGGGAGCUAGGGGCCGGGGGGACGGGAAGAUGGAGGAGGAGGAACUAGAGUUCGUGGAGGAGCUGGAGGCCGUGCUGCAGCUCACGCCCGAGGUGCAGCUGGCUAUCGAGCAGGUAUUUCCAAGCCAGGAUCCUCUAGAUCGCGCAGAUUUCAAUGCCGUUGAGUAUAUCAAUACCCUGUUCCCAACAGAACAAUCUCUGGCAAAUAUUGAUGAAGUCGUGAACAAAAUUAGACUGAAAAUAAGGAGACUGGAUGACAAUAUUCGAACUGUUGUAAGAGGUCAGACAAAUGUGGGGCAGGAUGGAAGGCAAGCGCUUGAAGAGGCCCAGAAAGCUAUCCAGCAACUCUUUGGCAAAAUCAAAGAUAUCAAAGACAAAGCAGAAAAAUCAGAGCAAAUGGUUAAGGAAAUCACCCGUGACAUUAAGCAGCUCGAUCAUGCCAAACGCCACUUGACUACCUCCAUCACAACACUGAACCACCUGCACAUGCUGGCUGGUGGCGUUGAUUCUCUUGAAGCCAUGACCAGACGCAGACAAUAUGGAGAAGUUGCUAAUCUCCUUCAGGGUGUAAUGAAUGUUCUGGAACACUUCCACAAGUAUAUGGGAAUUCCACAGAUCCGGCAGCUUUCUGAAAGAGUGAAGGCUGCACAGACUGAGUUAGGACAGCAAAUCCUGGUAGAUUUUGAAGAAGCAUUUCCUUCCCAGGGUACCAAGAGGCCAGGAGGACCCAGCAAUGUCCUGCGAGAUGCAUGUCUGGUUGCUAAUAUUUUGGACCCCAGAAUCAAACAGGAAAUCAUCAAAAAGUUUAUUAAACAACAUCUGUCAGAGUAUCUAGUACUUUUUCAAGAAAACCAAGAUGUUGCUUGGCUGGACAAAAUUGACAGACGCUAUGCCUGGGUGAAACGUCAGCUUGUGGACUAUGAAGAAAAAUAUGGUCGAAUGUUUCCACGUGAAUGGUACAUGACUGAGAGGAUUGCAGUCGAAUUUUGCCAUGUGACAAGGGCAGAACUCGCCAAGAUCAUGCGUGCCAGAGCCAAGGAAAUUGAGGUGAAAUUGCUUCUUUUCGCUAUUCAGAGGACAACUAACUUUGAAGGAUUUCUGGCUAAACGUUUCUCCGGCUGCACUUUGGCUGAUGGCACCCUGAAAAAGCUGGAGUCUCCACUACCAUCUACCAAUCCCUUCCUGGAAGAUGAGCCAACACCAGAGAUGGAGGAGCUGGCACUGGAGAAGGGGGAGUUAGAUCAACCAAAAAAACCUAAAGCCCCAGACAAUCCAUUUCAUGGCAUUGUUUCCAAGUGUUUUGAGCCUCAUCUCUAUGUGUAUAUUGAGUCCCAGGACAAAAACCUUGGAGAGCUGAUAGAUCGGUUUGUGGCUGAUUUCAAAGCCCAGGGGCCACCGAAGCCCAACACUGAUGAAGGGGGUGCUGUCCUCCCCAGCUGUGCCGACCUCUUUGUCUAUUAUAAGAAAUGCAUGGUGCAGUGCUCACAGCUCAGCACUGGGGAGCCAAUGAUAGCCCUGACGACCAUUUUCCAGAAGUACCUCCGAGAAUACGCCUGGAAAAUCCUCUCUGGCAACCUGCCCAAAACCACAACCAGCAGUGGAGGAUUAACCAUCAGCAGCCUCCUCAAGGAAAAGGAGGGCUCCGAAGUGGCUAAGUUCACUCUUGAGGAGCUCUGCCUCAUCUGCAGCAUCCUGAGCACAGCAGAGUACUGUCUGGCCACCACCCAACAGCUAGAAGAAAAACUCAAAGAAAAAGUCGAUGUAAGUCUGACAGAACGAAUCAAUCUCAUGGGAGAAAUGGACACAUUCAGCACAGUCAUCUCCAGCAGCAUUCAGUUGUUGGUUCAAGACCUGGAUGCAGCCUGUGAUCCUGCCCUGACUGCCAUGAGCAAGAUGCAGUGGCAGAAUGUGGAGCACGUUGGUGACCAGAGCCCCUAUGUCACCUCUGUUAUUCUUCACAUUAAGCAGAAUGUCCCCAUCAUCCGAGACAACUUGGCUUCCACACGCAAAUACUUUACUCAGUUCUGCAUUAAAUUUGCAAACUCUUUCAUUCCAAAAUUCAUCACCCACCUCUUCAAGUGCAAACCAAUCAGUAUGGUGGGAGCAGAACAGCUACUGCUGGAUACCCACUCCCUGAAGAUGGUCCUGCUUGACCUUCCCUCCAUUGGCUCCCAAGUGGUGAGGAAGGCGCCUGCCAGCUACACUAAGAUUGUUGUGAAAGGCAUGACCCGUGCCGAGAUGAUCCUCAAGGUGGUGAUGGCCCCUCAUGAGCCCUUAGUGGUGUUUGUGGACAACUACAUCAAGCUCCUUACAGACUGCAACACAGAAACCUUCCAGAAGAUACUAGACAUGAAGGGCUUGAAGAGGAGUGAGCAGAGCAGCAUGCUGGAACUCCUGCGCCAAAGGCUUCCCACCCCACCGUCAGGGCCCGAAGGCUCCAGUUCCCUGUCCCUGAUGGCACCCACCCCGGAACAGGAGUCAUCUCGCAUCCGCAAACUUGAGAAACUAAUUAAAAAGAGACUGUAGGAGCACAGAGGCACACUUCCUCCCUGUGACCCUCACCAUCCAGUUUCUGGAAGCCCUUGACUGUCCCCUUUCAAUCCCAUGACUCAGAUCCAGUCUUGAGACUUCCUGGGACAUUGGGAUUGUUAAUAUGUCCCUACGGUACCCUGUCUUAAAUCCUGUCACAGUCAGAGAAACUGGUUAUAAAAUGGCAAUUUC